AUGAGGAAAGGUCUCCAGGGGCCACCAGGGGCCGAAGUGUUUAGGGGCUACAGCUUCACCAUCACCUGCUCCACUCAGCCACAGUACCCAGGAGGCUCCUUCCUCCUCACGUUCACCGGCUCCAACAGAACCCAGACCCAGCCAGCUGUCAAUCACUCUGCUGCCUUCCUCUUCCCUGCUGCAGAUGGCUCCCACCAAGGGAACUACAGCUGUGUUUAUGACAAUUAUGUUUUCUCUCAUAACUUCUCCUCUGAGAGUGAGCUCCUCUCCCUCACCGUCACAGAUCUCCUGGUCCAGCCUGAUAUCUUCCUGACUGACUCAAUGGGAGGGGUCUCCAGGGGCCAUGAGGGGCCAGAGGUGUUCAGGGGCCACAGCUUCACCAUCACCUGCUCCACUCAGCCACAGUACCCAGGAGGCUCCUUCCUCCUCAUGUUCACCGGCUCCAAGAUAAGCCAGACCCAGCCAGCUGUCAAUCACUCUGCUGCCUUCCUCUUCCCUGCUGCAGAUGACUCCCACCAAGGGAACUACAGCUGUGUUUAUGAAAAUUAUGUUUUCUCUCAUAACUUAUCCUUUUAG